AUGGCAGACGAUGUGGAGACCGGACCCCCCAAGGCUGCUCUUCGGGCCAAGCGGGCGUCCAUCCCGGGGGCCACGCUGGACCUGCCCGGUGACCUGCCCGGCAGGAGCAUCCGGAGGGUCGUCAAGGAGUCCAUGCUGUUCUUCUGGCCCAUGGCGAGCAUCGCCGAGGAGGAUCGCGAGUUUCCCCCGGGGGACCUGCCGCCUCGCGCCGAGGACAUGGGCCUGGGCGCCCGACGCGCCUCCACGGGGGACACCUACCUGUUACGGUAA